AAGCUUGUUGCCGGAGAUAGAACUCCGGAAGACAGCAACCAGUUCCCGAUGGGAGACCCCAGAGCUUGUCAUCCAGAAAAGGGAGAACGUUUCGAAGUCUUACCAGGUAUCGGCUGGGACAACCUACGUAACGAGGACAGCGUGAGCGUGGUGGCCUACAACUACUCCCUGUGCCAAACAACCCUGGACGGACGGUUUCUCCUCCCUGACUGUGUUGAGACCAUACAAUCAAAGACCAGCAAGGUGAACACAUAUGCGGAGGUAAUAUCCCAUUACUCAGACUACGAAAGCGUCACAGCAAGAUCAAUCAAUGUGGAUGCCGGAUUCAGUUUAUUCGGGGUUAGUAUUGGUGGAAGCUUUUCGGAUAGCUACCAACAUGCCAAGAGUCAACAGAUUGGGGACAAAACCAUAACGACUCGAGUUCAACUUCGAUAUCACAGGUAUACCGCUCGACUCAAAGACGAGGCCCAACUCGCUCCAGGGUUUAAAUUUCGUCUUAUGGAAAUUGCGAAUGAUCUCAAAGCUAACAGAACGCUCGAUGCGCGUUACAAGAGUCAGCUGCUAGUCAGAGACUUUGGAAGCCAUUAUCUACGAUCAGUUGAUGCAGGAGCAGCACUGGUGCAAGAGGACCAGAUUUCAUCCGACUAUUCCAAGAGUAAGGACUCAACGAAGACUGAAAUGAAGAUAGGAGCGUCAGCGUCGUUUUUCAGCAUCUUUCACUUCAGUGCUUCUUACACAUCUUCAUCAGCCAAAACUGCUAUUGAAAAAUAUCAGAAGCAGAGGUCAUCAUCGCUGGUCUUUGCAUUUGGAGGUCCAGAGUUCAAGGUCAGUAACUACUCAGCUAACGAUUGGGUCGGUGGAGUUGAGAAGAACUUGGUAGCGAUUGACAGAGAGGGAGACCCAAUAUUCUACCUGAUAACCACUGCCAAGCUACCAGAACUGUCACCAAUGCUAGUCAGUGAAACGUUUAACCUAGUGAAGGACGCUGUGGGUUUAUAUUUCGAGUUCAAUACAUACCGUGGCUGCAUGAAAGUUGACUCUCCUAACUUCAGUCCCACAGCCAAUGUUAAUGACGGGUCGUGCGAGAUGUCCCACACGAAUACAUCAUUCGCUGGUGUCUAUCAAACUUGCAACUUGCACAGAUUGUCAAAUAAUGGGGAUAUUUGCUCCAAGAAUGAUAUGAACCAGAGGAAUCCUAAAACAGGAGACUAUUCAUGUCCGGUUGGGUAUGAAUCCAUUCAAAUACACACAUCGACCCUGUCUACACCAAAGCCGAAUCCAGCAUGCAUUCUGUGUGGUUUCCUCUGGUGUUGCAUUGGUGAACAGUACGAGAAGUACCGCUACAGUUCUGCUACAUAUUCACUCUAUUGGUGUGCAGCAACAGAUGGGGCCCACGAGAACGGGUACUUGUUCGGUGGAUUGUACACUUCCAGCAUUAUAAACCCACUAACGAAAUCCAGGAGCUGCCCACCGGGCUAUAUUUCUCGUAAAAUAGCUCUUGAUUUGAAUAUCUGUAUCAGUGAUGACUAUGAACUUGGCGCUAAAUACGCCGUGCCGUUUGGCGGUUUCUACAGCUGUGAAGCAGGUAACCCACUGGCGCCGAUGAGAAACCAAGACAACGCCCAGUCAAGCCCCCAAUCUCUGAGGUCAUUUUUCAGAGCAACCAAAGCCUGGCCAAAGGGAUGUCCGUAUGGCUACAGCCAACAUCUCGCCCACGAUGACCAGGGCUGCCAGAUCAACUACUGUGUCAAAUCAGGAUCUCUUUCAAGCGUUGAUCUCCCCAGACUGAGACGGCCACCAUUCAUGCCACCGCCCAACGUGGACAGAGCUCAGGAGUACGUGGUCAUCGACUCAAAGAGCAAAUACUCGGUUACUCCAUGAACCUGGGGUGAAUCCUUCAGCUGCGAGUGCUGGAGUCAUGUUUGGGACAGCGAUUUAGGUGGUUGCCAUGGCAGUUUGCAUUUGUCGCUGGCUAGCAGCAUUUCCUUAACCAGUGAAAACAGCCUGAAAGGAUUCUGCGGGACUUCUAUUUGUUGGCUUACAGAAUUGUUGGCCCGAAAGUAAAUUUGGGCAGUCGGAAUCAAAGAUAAUUUUCAACUUAGAGGAAUAAAUUCAACUAAUGCAGCAUGCAUAAAUAUUUUGAUUUUUCGUUUUGUUAGAAUAAAAGAUUUCUGUACAUACUAUUCACCAUUUCGUACCAAACUCCUAAA